AAAUAAUGAAAAAUUAUGAAUAUGAUGUAUUAUCUCUCAGAGCGACAGAAGUGAGAAACCAGAGCGACAGAAGUGAGAAACCAAAAGCAUGGCUACUACCCCAGCUACUGCUAAUGAUUCUUCUCCAAACUUCCUCGUUGCAGACCCUCGUAAGGGAAGAAAAAUCGAUUCUUCUCCAAACUUCCUGAUACUAAACCAUCAAAAGGGAAGAAAAAGAGAUUUGUUUAAGUAUUUGGUAAGCAAAAACACUAAGAGUGGAAUAGUUUUUUUGGAUAGUUCGAAGGAACGUAUUAAAGGUAGUGCAACAGCUGAUCAUAGGUCCAUGGUAUUGGUUUCCAUUAUCAUUCUCAGGAUUCUUGCCUUCAUCAAUACUCCAUUGAAGUACUUUGGCUAUGUGUUUGAUUUUGUUCUCAACCUCAUUUCGCAAAACGGUGGCAUUUGUGGCAUUUUCAUUAACAUUAUUCUUGGUAAGCUGCAGAUACCACGUAGAGACUCGGAGAAUUUUAUAAGUUUUAUAGGACAAUUGGAUGGCCGAAUAGACCUGUACAGGACUGUAAUCUUGGCAGAGAAAGUUGAUAAUUCUAUUUCUACAGAUGUCAACAACAUAAAAGUAGACUUGGGCAAUCGAUAUCUAAUGGAUCUUUCUAUUAUGGCUUCGAAACUUGUUUAUGAGAAUGAGAAAGUUAUCAAGAAAGUUAUCGAAACUCACUGGAAGAUGCAUUUCGUUGGCUUCUAUAACUGCUGGAAUGAGCGCCAAAAAGAAAGCAACACCCAAGUGUUCAUACUCUGUGACAAGCCUAAAGAUGCAAACUUGAUAAUUGUUAGCUUCAGAGGCACAGAAAUAUUCAAUGCUCAAGAUUGGAGUACUGACUUCGAUUUCUCAUGGUAUGAGCUUCCCAAAGUUGGAAAAGUUCAUAUUGGAUUUUUAGAAGCAUUGGGUUUAGGUAACAGAAGAGAUACUUCCACCUUCCAAAGUCACCUUCAGAGAAAGCUUACAGGUUUCUUGCAAUUAAAUGGCGAAUCGGAAGGCGCUAUUCUGGAAUUAUCAAAAAAAAGUGCUUACUAUAUUGUGGCAUUAAAGCUCAAGCAAUUAUUAAAAGAGCACAAAAAUGCUAAAUUUGCUGUCACUGGACAUAGCUUAGGUGGAGCACUUGCUAUUUUGUUCCCAAGCGUUCUUGUAAUACAGGAAGAGACAGAGAUGCUACACAGGUUGCUUAAUAUAUACACAUUUGGACAGCCAAGAGUUGGAGAUGUACAGUUCUGCAAUUUCAUGGAAGCUCAUUUGAACUCUCCAAAUACUAGAUAUUACAGAGUUGUUUACUGUAAUGACAUCGUACCUAGAGUGCCUUUUGACGACAAAGCCUUCGGCUUUAAGCAUUUCGGAACCUGCCUUUACUAUGAUAGCUGGUAUUUUGGCCAAUUUAUGGAUGAGGAGCCAGACCGGAAUUACUUCGGAUUGAAGCAUUUCAUGCCUAUGCGAAUCAAUGCACUGUGGGAGAUCUUCAGAAGUUUUCUGAUAAGUCGCAUUUAUGGGCAAGAUUAUCAGGAUACUUGGUUCUGCACUUUGUGGAGACUAAUGGGACUUGUGCUUCCUGGUGCUGCUGAUCAUGGUCCUGCAGAUUAUGUUAACUCGGUCAGGCUUGGAAGGGAGCGUACAGCUCCUAUGGCAACUUUAGAAAGCUUUGUUCGGAAAUUAUGAUAUUUUUUUUUAUUAAAAAGCACUGUUAAAUUAGUAUA